GCGGCGGCCGCCGUGGAGCCACGUGUGGAGCCGGGAGCCGGCUUAUGCUGCGUCCCUGACCCUUGGCAAACGUUAACACCAUGAGUUUCGUGGCAUACGAGGAGCUGAUCAAGGAAGGCGACACAGCCAUCCUGUCAUUGGGCCACGGCUCGAUGGUGGCAGUGCGUGUGCAGCGUGGGGCACAGACCCAGACCCGGCAUGGCGUCCUGAGGCACUCGGUGGACCUCAUUGGCCGCCCAUUUGGCUCCAAGGUGAUUUGCAGCAGAGGCGGCUGGGUGUAUGUGCUGCACCCCACUCCUGAGCUCUGGACAGUGAACCUGCCUCACCGCACGCAGAUCCUCUACUCCACCGACAUUGCCUUGAUCACCAUGAUGCUGGAGCUGCGUCCCGGUUCUGUGGUCUGUGAAUCAGGCACGGGCAGUGGUUCUGUGUCCCACGCAAUCAUCCGCAGCAUCGCCCCCACUGGCCACCUACACACAGUAGAGUUCCACCAGCAACGGGCAGACAAGGCCCGGGAGGAAUUCCAGGAGCAUCGGGUGAGCCAGUGGGUGACUGUGCACACCCAGGAUGUAUGCCGCAGUGGCUUCGGUGUGGUCCACGUGGCUGAUGCUGUCUUCUUGGAUAUCCCAUCACCCUGGGAAGCUGUGGGCCAUGCCUGGGAUGCCCUCAAGGUUGAAGGUGGCCGCUUCUGCUCCUUCUCGCCGUGCAUUGAGCAGGUGCAGCGGACAUGCCAGGCGCUGGCAGCCCAUGGCUUCACUGAGCUCAGCACCCUGGAGGUACUGCCACAGGUCUACAAUGUGCGCACUGUCAGUCUGCCCUUGCCCGACCUAGGGGCCAACAACUUAGAGACCAACAUGGGCUCUGAUGCCAGCCCCUUCCGUAGUGGUACACCCAUGAAGGAGACUGUGGGCCACACUGGCUACCUGACUUUUGCCACUAAAACCCCAGGCUAGCAGGCCUCCAAAUGAACAGCACAGGCAAGCAGGCAGGGAGGCCAGAGGCUGCCUUAUAUGGUCAGCCACUGCCCUCAUGACUUGUGUUUAGAAAGAGAUGGGGGCGGGGUGGGGCAGGGGCCUCCUGGGUGGCUGAGGGGGGUGAGUAGGCUGGCCCUGCUCAGUCGGGAGGCAUUCCUGUCUUGAGAGGGAAGUCUCCACUUCAUCACUGCUCAGCACAAGCUCCUUCCUGGCUCUUUGUUGUCAACAUGAAGUUUCCUCUCCAUAGGCCUUCCUGGGUUUUGAGACUAAAUGGUAAAAGUUGAGGGCGGCAGAAGCUUUGGGCACUGCCUGUAGCCUGGGCUGACCUACGGGAGCGUGGGCUGUCCCAUCCCUGGUGCAAGGCUCCAGGCCCUGGUGCUCCAGAGCUUAGCCAGAAGCUGUGGUUGAGCUAAGUUAACCAGAAAGCCCAGCCCUGCCCUCCUCUCCCUGUACUUCCCUGAGGCUGAUGGAGGGACCAGGCUGGCCCAGGAACAAAGGAGGUGAUUAUAAGCAAUAAUCCUGUGCUGCACAGGCCAUGUGUGUGUCAGCAUGACCGUGUGUGUGUGUGUGUGUGUGUGUGUGUGUGGUUCCUGGUGUGCUGUCAUCUGGGGUUAGGCAUCAUCCUGAGGGAUGGAAAGCAGCAGGAUAGGUCCCUGCUUCCAUGACCUUCCGGCCCUUGUUGGAGCUGGGGUCAAAAAGCGGAUCAUAGAGGAGGCUGUGCAUGGACUAAGAGCCUGGCAGUGGACUUGCCACAUGUGUCACCUUGGCUUUGGCUUGGUGUCCAUUCUUGGUAUGUGGCUAGCUUCAAGGGAGUUUCAGUGCUCAGUGCUCAGAUCAUCUUGGUGUGAGGCUGCCAGUCAGCAGCUGCUGCUGCUACAUGGAAGCAGCCAUCGUGAGACUCACCAGUGUCCUACUGUCAUAUGUCAUACCCGAGGGCACCCAAAGGAUAAUAAAUGUUUUCCCCACUGUG